CUCCCGCAUCCGACCCAACCAGCCAACCACCCCCCCCCCCCCCCCUCCGGUGAGACGAGACCGCCGCGGAUGGACCGCCUCGUCGCCUUCUCCCGCCGACGCCGCCGUUGGAUCCUCCUCGCCGCGGUCGCCUCGGCCACGGCUGUUGGCGCGUACAAGAUCUACCACCACCCGACCGUCGCCGCCCGCCGCCGCCGCCUCGUCCGCCUCGCCGCCGCCGUCGCGGCCUUCGCCGAUGCCGCCGCGUCGUCCGCGGACGCCGCAGCUCUGGUGGCCUCCGACCUCGCCGAUUUCGUCCGGUCUGGCUCGGACGAGCUCCCCCGCAGCGUCACGCAGCUAGCCAAGCUCGCCGCCUCCCCUGAGGUCUCCGCUACCGUCUCCGCCUUAUCCGAGGCUGUCACCGCGGGGAUACUCCGCGGCGCAGGAUCCUCCAACUCCGGCCUCGGAUCCGGUGGUAGCGUGGCCCUCUCCGAACGCCUUGUGGACAAGCUCUUCUCCGACUCUGGCGAGCGCCUUGCGUCCGCGGUCGCCGGGAGCUUCGCCCGCCAUCUCGUGCUCGCCUUCUACUCCGUCCCGUCGCCUCCGGGAGAGGCCUCCUCCCCGACGAUGUGGGUCAACGUGGUUGCAACUGGGAAGUGCCGGAAGGCGAUUAGCAACUGGGUUGAGGUCUUCGUGGGCACCGCCGUGAGGGAAUUCAUUGACAAGACCAUCCACAUCAACACUUAUGAGCAGCUCUUUGAAGGGCUCACCAAUCCGAAACACGAUGCGAAGGUCAAAGAAUUGCUUGUUUCAGUGUGCAAUGGGGCGGUCGAGACUUUGGUUAAGACCACUCACCAUGUCAUGUCCAAUGCCAAUGAUAAAUUUGAUAGCAGUGGAAGUGGCAGUGGCAAUGGUGAAGUUGGGGAAGGGUGGGUGGAGACAGUGUCGAGCACGUUGGCAGUUCCUAGCAACAGGAAGUUUGUGCUUGAUGUUACAGGAAGGGUGACAUUUGAGACAGUGAGGUCGUUUCUGGAGUUUGUUCUUUGGAAGCUGCAAGACGGUGCAAGGAAGGGCGGGGACAGUGUGGUUGACAGUGGGCUGCAGGUCAUGAGGUACAUGAGCGAUAAGUCGAUGGUUAUCGCCACAAUUUGUAUUACAUUGUGCUUGCUUGUGUUAAAUGGGACUAGGCUCUUGGUAACAGCUUGAGGGUGUGCAUGACAGUUUGGGGAUUACUCAGGUUGCAUAGUUUAGCCCAUUGUUUGUAUGAAACUGUAGGUAAUUAUACUGAAACUGUAAAUCCAAAUACAAAAAGAGCAGAAAGAAGAUAAAUUGUGCUUCAAGGUAUUGUUGUGUUGUAUGCUUGAGAUUGCUCUGCACAGCUGUUGUGAGAGAAUGGUUGUUGUGCUGCCUGUUGGCCACCGUAUAUGCGGGAUUAAUUGAUAUUUAGAUGCACUGUAUGCUUUAAGAAUUUUUCUAUCACUGUAACUGUAACAUCACUGGUAUCUUGGGGAUUUCUUGUUGCUCUACCAAA